AUUAUGGUCACUUUUUUCCACUUAAAAUAUGCAUAUUAUUGAUAAAUCUUUGUGAAAGUUUACGUACCACCUCAAAUAUUUUCUAUGUCCCUUGACAUAUUGCUUUUAUAUUUUGCAUACUUCUUUACCAACAUGACCCCAAUCUAUAAACAAGAGCAGACAACUGUAACAAGCAUUUUGUAAGAAUUAUGGCCCCGUUUUUCCACUUAAAAUAUGCAUAUUAUUGAUAAAUCUUUGUUACAGUUUACGUACCACCUCAAAUAUUUUCUAUGUCCCUUGACAUAUUGCUUUAAUCUUUUGCGUACUUCUUUACCAACAUGACCCCAAUCUAUAAACAAGAGCAGACUACUGUAAACAACAUUUUGUAAGAAUUAUGGCUCCUUAGUGAUUUUGUUAUUACUACACAUGCCUAAAUACAUAUUAUGUAUAUCAUGAAAUUAAUGUAAUUUGUGUACAAGGAAUUAAUGUCAAUGUGUUGUACUAAAUGGUUUUAUGAAUAACGAACUUUUUAACUCUGACUAGAUUAUGUGUUAUACCAUUUUUUAUUGUUGUUGUGAAUAGGCAACACAAUGACUACUAGAUCUACGGACAGCCAGGAACCAGGACAAACAACAUCCGUACAUACGGAAGAAGUCGAUGGGACGAGUACCGAAACUAAAGAACAUAGCGACACUGCACACGAGUACAAUUCACAAGAUGCAGCAGAAAAUAUGUUGAACAGUGAAUCAUCGGAUAUCGAUGAUAGUGACAAUGACAAAGACUAUAUUCCGGAAGAAGGCGAUGCAUCGUCAGAUGAGUCGAUAGUUGUCGAACUCAUACCAAACAUUCAAAGAUUUCAAAAGAAGACAGCGUCAACACUACCUCCUGUUGAAUCCUUGCAAUCUCGUGAACGUGACGAAUCAUCCGCAGAGGCACACAAAACCAACAUCACCAUCGCUCAAACAAAUAACAGUGAAUACAGACAUUACGAUAAGAGAUUUUAUUGCAUGUUUUGCGAAAAGGCUCAAAUAAAACUAAAAAAAACAUUUGCUUUUGCAGCAUAAAGAUGGGCAAGAUGUGAAAGAUCUAUUAAAUACGGAAAAUUCAGCAGAAAAUAAAAAAAUGUAUGAACAAAUAAGGAACGUAGGGAACCAUCUCCAUAAUGUUAAAGUAUUGCGAGAUGGCCAAGGACAACUAUUUGUGUCAUACAGACAAAGUCACAAUCAACGCGUAGCUGCAGACGAGUAUGGACCUUGUCCUUACUGUUACGGGUAUUACCCGAAGAAAAUCCUGUGGAGGCACACUCAAAAAUGUAAGUUUACAAUGCGGCGUGAUCAAGAAAACGACUCGCUUUAGAGAGCAGCCUGCUAUUACCAAAAUCAAAAGAAGGAAGCACUAUUUUAAGACGAGUAAUCGAGUCCAUGAGAAACGACGAAAUAAGUCGCAAAGUCAAAAGUGAUAAUACAAUCCUUGCAUUCGGUGAAAAACUCUGUACAAAAAGGGGCCAUGAUAAAAAGCAACACAAUUAUAUUAGACAGAAGUUAAGAGAAGUUGGUAGCUUGCUGAAAGACAUGCGAUCUUGUCCAGGCAAUGUUGAAAUGUCUUUGGAGAAUUUCAUGUAUUCAGAUGCUUUCAAAUUUAUUACACAAUCUUGCAAAAACGUUGCAGGCUUCGACGGAAACACCAAUACUUAUGCUACACCAUCAUUAGCCUUAAAGAUUGGCACAACGCUUCAGAAAUGUCUAAAAAUUCUAAUUUCGAAAGGAAUCGAAACAAACAACCAGGAUCUGCAAACAAGGGCUGAGGAGCUUUCCAAACUAUUUGAAAUUAAUUGGACGGAUGACGUGUCUUCCAAUGCCUUAAGAACACUUCAUGAGGCUAAGCAGAACAGUCAGAAAGAACUGUUGCCAUUGGCAAAUGAUGUCAAAGUAAUGUCUGAAUACUUACGACAUGAAGCAGAAACACAUGCAAAUACCUUACAAGAAUCAGCAAGUGAUUGCGAGAAAAGGCAAGCAUGGCAUAAGUUGUCUGAAAUCUGCUUAUGUUUAAUCGAAACGAUUAGACGAUGUGUCAAAAAUGACAGUCGAAGAAUAUUCAAAAAACAAAUUGACAAAUGACGAUGGAGAAUUAGAUUGAUGUUUAACAAAACUGGAAAAAAACCUGUGCCGUUAUUUUUACCGUACAGAGAUUAUUGCAAAACGAGGUCGAAUAGCUGCAGUACUGUUUCCAAGACAGGUGAAAGAAAAUAUCGACCUGCUCAUACGCAGCAGAAAUUCUCUAACAAACUGUUUAAAUAGUAAAUAUCGUUUCCCAACAAAAUCUGCAUCAUCGCAUAUUCGUGGGACAGAUGUAUUACGUUCAAUUGCAAUUGACUGUGGAGCUGAACAUCCGAAAAGGCUUCGUUCUACAAAGUUAAGGAAACAUAU